AUGAAUAUUAGUUUCUGAACUGUAAGAUAAAGCUGUGAAGUAGAAAUCAUAUUAGAACACAGGGAAAUAAUUAUUUUCUGGAUAAAACUAAGUUCUAAUCAUUCGAGAAUCAUUUGAGAUAGUUGAGGGCAGCUUUUUUACAGUUCAGAAACUAAUAUUCAUUUAACUAGCCACCUCUUCACAGGACUGUUAGACAGAGAAGGGUAGGGACCGUGACUCUCUCUCUCUUUCUCUGUCUUAAUUCCCCAGAUCUGUGUUGCAUAGGGGAUAUGGAGAUCUAGGUAUUAUAUGUCUAUGGUAGAAACGAAAUCCCCCUUCUGGAUGGAUUUCUGGAGUAAAAUUAGUAAAUAAAACACGCGUGACAAAGAGUGAAUAUAAAAUAUCCCACAAUUUUAAGGGACAGCAACGAAAAUUGUAAAGAAUGAAGGUGAAAUUAUUGAGUAGAAAUCCUGAUGAAUAUCUCAGAGAGACUAAAAGAGAUAUCCAUAGAGUUCCAAGGAAUUAUGAUCCAUCAUUACAUCCAUUUGAAGCAGCACGGGAGUACAUUCGAGCACUAAAUGCUGUGAAACUCGAUCGAGUAUUUGCUAAACCCUUCAUUGGAAAUUUGGAAGGUCAUAAAGACGGAGUUUCUGUUAUCUGCAAACAUCCUGCCAACCUUUCCAUUAUAGUCAGUGGAUCUUGCGACGGAGAAGUCAAAACAUGGAAUUUACCCCAAAAAACUUGUAACCGCUCUAUUCUAGCACACGAUGGAGUAGUCCGGGGAAUUACAUUCGCCAGUGAUGCUGGCCAUUUCAUCACCGUCAGUGAUGAUAAAAUGAUAAAAAUGUGGAGAUCCGAUGCACCUGCACAAGACGAGGAGGAUUUGCCCAUAAACACAAUCAUUAGUAGGAAUGUCAUAACUGCCAUUUCACAUCACCGUAUGAAACCUGAGUUCGCAACGUGUGGAGAAGUCUGCCAGUUGUGGGAAGAGACUCGGAAUGAACCCGUAAAAACUUUCAAGUGGGGAGUGGACAGUCUUCACCAUGUUGAAUACAACUUAGUUCAAUCAAAUUUACUCGCUGCAUGUGCGAGUGAUCGGAGUGUCAUCUUGUAUGAUACGAGAGAUGCUGGACCAUUACGUAAAGUCGUUCUGAAGUUAAGAACAAAUAAAUUAGCGUGGAAUCCUAUGGAGGCCUACACUUUCACCUGUGCUAAUGAAGAUUACAAUCUAUACACGUUUGAUAUGAGAAAACUAAAAACUCCAGUUAAUGUUCAUAUGGACCACGUGGGUGCAGUUAUCGAUGUUGAUUACUCCCCAACUGGGAAAGAAUUUGUCUCAGGAAGUUAUGACAAGUCAUUAAGGAUAUUUGAAAUUAAUAAAGGUCAUUCUCGAGAUAUUUACCAUACAAAAAGAAUGCAAAGACUCACGAACAUUGCUUGGUCUCUUGAUGACAAAUACAUCAUCAGUGGAAGUGACGAGAUGAAUAUUCGAGUAUGGAAAGCCCGAGCAUCCGACAAAUUAGGUGUUUUGAAACCCAGGGAGAAAGCUGCUUUAAAUUACAAUGCAGCUUUGAAGGAAAAGUUUGCAGGACAUCCUCAAGUAAGGAGAAUUGCUCGACACAGACAAGUACCUAAACACAUUUACAAUGCUCAAGAAGAAUUGAGAACAAUUCGUAAUAAGCGUAAAACAAAGGAGGCUAAACGUCGUAUGCAUUCUCGUCCUGGCACAGUUCCAUUCGUUUCUGAACGAGCAAUGCACGUUGUUCGAGAUAAAUCUGAUUGAGCAUUCUUGAAAAAUUAAUAAAUAUAAAGAAUAAACAAACUUGUCUCGAGA